CUUCGCGUAAAACGGACCAAACCAUGUUGGAUGCCUUUAACAAGAAAUACUCUGAACACAGCUCAUUUAGACCAACAGGAAAAAGCUUAAACUCACUUCCAACUUUUGGAAUUCAACAUUUCUUUGGCCAGGUGACCUACAGCUCCACCGGUUUCCUAGAAAAAAACAUUGAUAAUCUCAGUGCCGAUUUUGUCUCACUCUUUCGUGACACUGGUGGUGAAAUCGCACCUUCCAACAACGGCUUUAUCACUGAUCUUUUCACCGAUAAAGCCUUCGCGACUGAAUCUCACCCACGCAACGGCAACACGAUUGUCGCAGCUCAGCAAUCCGUUAAACCCAUGCGUGCACCUUCUAUGCGUCGUAAGAAGAACACACCCGCAUCCGAUGAAUCUUCGAUACCAAAGGUCACAUGCGUUGCCGCUCAAGUUGCAUCAGCUUUAAAUGAACUAUGCGAGACUCUCGAGGAGACGCAACCUUGGUAUGUUUUUUGUAUUCGACCUAAUGACACCCAGCUGCCGAAUCAAUUUGAUCAAAGGGUGGUGAACUCCCAGGUUAAAUCGUUCGGACUACCAGAGAUUGCAAAGAGACUUCAGGUGGAAUAUGUUGUGAGCUAUCAACAUCAAGAGUUUAUUGAAAGAUACGCGACGAUAUUAGAUUCAAUGGGGUUAGAACGUUACGAAGAUUCAAGAGCUAAGUGCGAGGCCGUGGGUAAAGGCUUCGGUUGGGAAGAUACGGAUGCUGUGAUUGGGCAGAAUAAGAUUUAUUUAAGCGAGAGAUCAUGGCGGAAGCUAGAGGACGAUCUCAGGAGCAUGGAUAGCGAUGAUAAACGACGGAAAAAAGAAAAGAAAACGCCCGUGGUAUCUUCAAAUGAUUAUGCGCGUAGCGAGGAUCAACUAUAUCAGAAUCAGCAUUCUUCAAAUCAAGAUUUAUUGGAGAAGCCUCGUCGUGCUUCUCCGCCAAGGAAUUAUGAUCAACGAUCUUUCCAUUCCGGAGACGACAAUCGUUCAAACCUUUCCGAGGACGACUAUUAUCAGGAUGAAGCCUAUAGCACAUAUGACGAUAACACUUCCACAUACGGAUCCGAUGUUUAUGCACCAUCACGUAAUAUGUUCAUGGAGAUGGAGAGGAAAAAUAUGUUACCUGAUGAGGAGAAGAUGAUAGAGGAGGAACCUGAAGAACCCCGUGUGACCACGCCAGCACGUAAGAAAUGGGUAUUCCUCACAUGGCUACUUACUUGGUGGAUUCCUUCUUGUUUCUUGAGCUGUUGUGGCAUGAAACGUAAAGACGUUAGAAUGGCAUGGCGUGAAAAAGUUGCACUAUGUAUUGUCAUAUUGUUUUUGUCAUGUGUGGUGAUAUUUGUCCUCGCGUUCUUGGGCUUAUUAAUUUGCCCACGGGUGUACAUAUUUAACGACUCCGAGGUACAAUCUCACAAUUUCCAGGAUAGUCCUGACAGCACCUACGUGUCGAUUCGCGGGGAAGUCUACCUGUUGAGUUCGUUCGCUCCUCGUCACUAUCCACCCCUCAUUGAUCAAAAAUCAAUUUUGGCCUAUGGUGGAACAGACGCUACCAAGCUGUUUCCCGUUCAAGUUAGCGCUCUUUGUAGUGGGACGCAAGGAUCAGUUGAUCCCUCG